AUGUAUACCAGCGACCGUAAGAGACCCUGCACGAAUGGAAAUGAAGCUUUGGCACAGAGAAGGCUGGCCUACCAAUCUAAGAGGCCCUGUUUGGCUCUUGGAGGCGCCGUUGCCGCUGUUGGCGUCGACAUGGAUCGGUUCAUCCCGAAUGUAACGUCUGGGAGUGCUUAUAAGGCUUCUCCAUCACUGAAGAGCUUUAAUGUACGCGAUUCUGAACUUUUAGGGAGGUCUCCCUCUCCGGAGAGACUUUCUAGUCCCGGAUUCUUUCAUGACUUGAGACAGACGGGUCAUUAUGAGGCUAUAAAUGGUGAAGUUAGGGAUAGUGAAGCUUCUAGAGUCUUGGAGGGAUCCUCGAGUGCUUUUACGUCUAUGAUGGUAAGCGGAACAGACACUCCGAAGCUUUCAUUUGAACAUAAGAGGCACAGAGAAUAUAUAGCAGACUCUUUGGGAUUUCAAUCACCACAAAGAGUGCUUCAAUUUACUACUCCAGGAUCAAGAUGCGAUAAUAAAGCCGGUAAUGGGCCUCACAAGACUCGCCAUACAGUUGACCAACAUCACCAUUACCUGGCUGUGGACCCUUUGACUACGGCUUUGCCUCCAAGUAAAGUUAUGGCAUAUUUGGCUACAUCUGCUUUCUCCAGAAUGAACCAGAGUUUCUCUUUUGUGUCUAAUGAUGAUGGAAACAGACCCGCUAGGAGAAUGAAAUCGCAUAUUCCGUAUAGAGUACUAGAUGCUCCAUGUCUGAGGAACGAUUUUUAUUCUAAUCUGGUCUCGUGGUCAAAAAAUACUGAUAAUGUAAUGGUUGGGCUCGGUUGCUCGGUGUAUAUGUGGUCAGACAAGCACGGUGCCAUACCAGUGUUGAGCCAUGACUAUCUGAAUCGCAAGCAUGAUGUUGUUACUUGCGUUUCGUUUUGUCCCCAGAAUCUGCUAUUUGUUAUAGGUACCAAGCAGGGACGCGUACUACUGUUUGACCAAGAAGUGUGCCUAGAGCGCCAUCGCGAAGAGGAUUCCUUGACUCCCUUGUAUGAGUAUCAAUCUUCUACUUUGAGAGGAAUAAGCUGCGUUCAAUGGCUUCAGAAAGGUAUCACCAGUAGCCUGUUGAUUGGGGAAGAAUGUGGUGAUAUAAGCUACCUAAUAGUGAAGGAAUCGUUACAUUUGCUUGAAGCCACCUAUCCUAGCCAAGAUAAGUCUGAAGAUAGCCGCAGACUUGGCACACCCACUAGAUCACAAUUUCAGUACAGUGAUAAUUAUCAGGGCUACAAAUUAGAAUGCUUGUCAAAAUUUCAAGCACAAGCUCAGCAAGUUUGUGGUAUCUCGCUUAAUGAAGAUCAAACUCUCCUGGCAAUUGGUGGUAAUGACAACUCUUGCACACUCUGGGACGUAUCUUCGAUCCAAGAUCCAAAAUUAAGGUUUAUCCUACCACACAACGCUGCUGUGAAAGCUGUUGCCUUCUGCCCCUGGUCGAAGUCUUUGCUGGCGACAGGCGGCGGCAGCAAAGAUAGAACAAUCAAAUUUUGGCAUACUUCUACAGGCACUCUGCUGGAUCAGAUUGAAGCUUGUGGGCAAGUUACUUCACUCAUAUGGUCGACGAGGUACAAGCAAAUCGUUGCAACUUUCGGGUUUGGCGACUUGGACGAUCCCAUUCUCAUUACGCUUUACUCAUAUCCAAAGCUCACGCCGCUAAAGCAAGUACACUCUCCAACCCCAUUAAGAGUGCUUAGCGCAGUAGCAUCUCCAAAUAUCACAUCAAUCUGUGUAGCCACCAAUGAUGAAACUAUAAGAUUUUACGAUUUAUGGAACGACAAAGAGGAAGUCAUUAACGAAGCCCACGAACCAGGCCUAUUUGGGUCCGAAAUAAUGGAAUAUGUCGAGGGAAUCGAAGGCGGUCACAAUAAGAUGAUAAGAUAA